GUUUUUGAUUUUUUUUUAUCUCAUUCUUGAACGUCAUGAAUGAUGACAAGCUUACAUAUGGCCAGGCAUGUUGCCUUACUCUUGGUCUGCCACCUAGUAAUGAAAACCGGAAGAAAGCUAAAGCUUACUUUGAAACAAGUCUAUUAGACGUUUGCUAUAUUAGUUCCUUAGGUGCGAGGCAUCCAAUUGCGAUUGGUAAAGACGUCAUGGACCGCGAUCCUUUCACCUUUCAAUCAUUUAUCGACACCCGUCCUUCAAGCCCUACACAUAUGCUUGGAGAUUCAUAAAAUUAUCCAGCCGACGACCAAAUUGACUACGUUACUGAAAUGCCAGCUUGUGAUCUUUUACCUGUAUCCAAAGCUAGCGUUUUGCAUGUUCUCAAGCAAAACAUGUCUACCAUUGAACCAGAAAACAAGGAACGAUAUGAAAAACUGUUUGUAUGUAGGGAUGUAUUGAAAGAGAUCUUGAAAAAAUACUUUGAAGAAGCCCGUAUCUCGCUUCCUCAAGUGGAUCAAUGGCUUGGAAGUGAUGAAUCGUUUGGCAGAAGUAUUCAAUUAU